AUGGCGGGACCUGUAAGACAACCGAUCGACCUUGCUUCUCUCGAGCGGUACAUCGACAGCAAUGUCCCGCAGAUUAAAACCCCUCUGCAACUGAAGCAGUUCGGCUUCGGACAAUCGAACCCUACCUACCAGCUCACAGAUGCGACAGGCACAAGAUAUGUCAUGCGGAAAAAGCCCCCGGGGAAGCUGCUGUCUAAGACCGCGCAUCGGGUGGAUCGAGAAUACAAGAUCAUUAAUGCUCUAGGGCAAACGGAUGUACCAGUCCCGAAGGCAUAUUGUUUGUGUGAAGAUCCAAGUGUCGUGGGCACGGAUUUUUAUAUCAUGGAAUUUCUGGAUGGGCGCAUGGUCACAGAGCCCCAUUUUCCAGGUGUGGGGUCUGCUGAACGCACAGAGAUGUGGCGCGAUGCCAUUCGAACUCUGGCCAAAUUCCACAACGUGGACUUGAAAAAGGUUGGACUUUCAGAUUUCGGUCGCCACGGAAACUUCUACGACCGUCAGCUCAAGACGUUCGGCACUCUGUCCAAGGCACAAGCAGAAGCAGUGGACGUCGACACCAAGGUCCCCGUUGGGGACAUCCCGCACUUCCAAUCGAUGGUGGACUUCUUCAAGCAGAAAUCGACGCAGCCCAAAGAUCGCACGACUCUGAUCCACGGCGACUACAAGAUCGACAACCUGGUGUUCCACAAGACGGAGCCGCGGGUCAUCGGCAUCCUCGACUGGGAGAUGGCGACCGUGGGCCACCCGCUGUCCGACCUCGUCAACCUCACCUCGCCCUGGCUGUGGGUGGGCAAGGACGUCGGGUCUGCGCACUCUGAGAAGACGGUCGAGCACUUCGCUGCCGGCGUCACCCCGGGCCUUCCCAGCCUGGAGCGGGUCGUGCAGUGGUACGGCGAGGACUCAGGUUACGAGCCCAAAGAGGAACUCGACUGGGGCAAUGCCUUCGGCGCCUUUCGAGGUGCCAUCAUCAUGCAGGGCAUCGCCGCCCGCUAUGCGCAGAGACAGGCCAGCGGCACCACGGCCAAGAACUACGGUGCCCAGAUGGGCCCCUAUGGUGAAUGGGCCAAUACCCUGGUGGAGCCAUUGAGGAAGAAGGGGUCCUCGUCGAAUGGAAAGUCUAAAUUAUAG